AUGGCUGGCAACAAGUCCAAGAAGGGUCAAGCCAGUGGAUAUAAAAAUGGCAAUGAUGAAAUUGUGAAAUUGGAAGGUGUUCAAGCCAUUGAUCAAGAUACUGUUGUUGAUUUUGAAUUGAAAGAAGGUCCUGAAAGACCUUACGUUAUUACAGAACCUGAUGCAAAAGUAUCAAUUCUACGUUCUAUAAGUUCACAUUAUGAAAAAAUUUUGUUAAUAGUGUUGACUGUUAUAACAUUAUAUGUUAGAUUAUACAAAUUGAGUUGGCCAAAUUCUGUGGUUUUUGAUGAAGUUCAUUUCGGUGGAUUUGCUUCAAAAUAUAUUAAAGGUACCUUCUUCUUUGAUGUUCAUCCACCAUUAGCUAAAAUGUUAUUUGCUUAUGCAGGUAGUUUAGCUGGUUUUGAAGGUGAUUUUGACUUUAAAAAGAUUGGUGAUGAAUUCCCUGAAACUACUCCUUAUACUUUUAUGAGACUUUUCUCUGCAAUGACUGGUGUAAUUACCGUUAUGUUCAUGUAUUACACAUUACGUGCAUCUGGUAUUAGAGUUUGGGUUGCAUUUUUGGCUACAGUUUGUUUUGCUGUCGAAAAUUCUUUCGUUACAAUUUCUCGUUAUAUCUUAUUAGAUUCCCCAUUGAUGUUAUUCAUCGCAGCUGCUGCUUAUUCUUUCAAGAAAUAUGAAUUAUACCAGUCUUUUACCUUAAGAAGUUACAAGUACUUAUUUGCUACUGGUAUUGCUUUAGGUUUAGCUGCUUCAGCUAAAUGGGUUGGUUUCUUCACAAUUGCCUGGGUAGGAAUAUUAUGUGCCUUGAGAUUAUUCUUCUUUGUUGGUGAUUUAUCAAAACCUGUCUCUACUACAUGUAAGAUUGCUGUUAACAAAUUGGUAUUCCUAUUAGGUAUUCCAUUCGUUUUAUACUCAAUUUUCUUCUACGUUCAUUUUAACACUUUGAUUAACGAUGGUGAAGGGUCUGCCUUUUUCACUUCAGAAUUUAGAAGUACCUUAAUUGGUAACAAAAUUCCAAAGAAGGUUCAAUCAGAAGUUGGUAUCGGUUCCUUAGUCUCGAUUCGUCAUGUUGGUACAAUGGGUGGUUAUUUGCAUUCCCACAAGCACAAUUAUGAAACUGGUUCUAAACAGCAACAAAUUACAUUGUACUCCCACCUAGAUUACAACAACAACUGGUUGAUUGAAUUGUCUUCAAGACCUGGUGUCACACUAAAUACUUUUCAAAACUUGACCGACGGUACUAGAAUUAAACUAUUCCAUGCCGAAACAGAGCAUAGAUUACACUCUCAUGACCACAAGGCCCCAGUAUCUUCUAAUGCUGAUUGGCAAAAAGAAAUUUCAGGUUAUGGUUAUCCUGGUUUCAAUGGUGAUGGUAACGAUGAUUGGAUUGUUGAAAUUGACAAAUCCAAAUCUGCUCCAGGUGAAGCUCAAGAACGUGUCCUUGCAAUUGAUACUAAAUUUAGAUUGAAGCAUGCUUUAAGUGGUUGUUACCUGUUUUCUCAUAAAACUAAGUUACCAAAAUGGGGUUUCGAACAACAAGAAGUUUCAUGUGCCCAUGCUGGUAGACCUCAUUUAACUUUAUGGUAUAUUGAAGCUAAUGAAAAUCCAACCUUACCAUGGGAUGCUACUCGUGUUUCCUAUACUCCACAUGGUUUCUGGAAGAAAUUUAUUGAAUCCCAUUACAGAAUGUGGGAUGUCAAUAAAGGCUUAACUGCAUCCCAUGUCUACCAAUCUUUCCCACAAGAAUGGCCAUUCUUACAGCGUGGUAUUAGUUACUGGGGUGAACAUAACAGACAAGUUUACUUAUUAGGUAAUGCUAUAUUAUGGUGGUCUGUUUCUAUGUCUUUGUUUGUCUUCGUUUUGGUUGUUUUAUAUGAAGUUGUCGCAUGGCACUUGGGUAGACCGGUUUUGCAAGACGCCCAUGUCGUCAACUACCACAUUCAAUUCAUUGAAUAUUUCUUGGGUUACGCUGCUCAUUACAUUCCAUCAUUUUUAAUGCAACGUCAAAUGUUCUUACACCAUUAUCUACCAGCAUAUUAUUUUGGUAUUUUGGCUUUUGCUCACACAUUUGACUUCAUUGUCACUUACAGCUUUAGAAAUAAGAGAAGAGCCGGUGUUGCUACUGCUUUGAUCUUUACCUUCGUAUGUGUUUGGUUCUAUCACAAUUAUAGUGCUUUGAUUUACGGUAGUGAAUGGACUCGUGAUCUAUGUAAAAAGACACAAUGGAUGGACACUUGGGAUUAUAACUGUAACAACUUCGCAGAAGCUUUUUCUGAUUAUGCAACGAUUGCAACGACUACAACCGCUUCUGCAACUGCUGCUCCUACUUCUGCUGCUAAUGUCAGUUCUUAA